CUUUUUUCAAGAAAUAUAAUGAAACAACUGUGUAUUUUCGUUUUACACUGUAAUAAAUAAUUGCACAUAUUGACUGAAUUGUUUUUUAUAAAUCAGUUAUGAUCCUCCGUAAAUGUAAUAAACUAACAAACUUUGUACAUGUAUUAUAGUUUCCUUGUGCAAAGAAACAAUAUGUCCACUAUCCUUUUUGGCGUUCGCACUUUUCUAUUUAUUAUAUACUACAAUAUAAAUGUGAGAUGAUGUGAUUGAAUUAAUUGUUCUUUUUCAAUAAUGUACUAUAUUGUGGAACUUGUUCUUGAAUUUUAUUUGUGAAUCAUGACAGAGUCGGAACUUUGCCGGCUCUGUGCCGAAACCAAAGAAAAUUUUAUCGGAAUUUAUGAAGCAGAAGGACAAAAAUUAGCUAUAGAAGCUAAAAUUGCUAAAUGUUUACAAAUUCAGGUAUUAACAAAUGAUGGAUUGCCACUUACAGUUUGUAUAGAUUGUUGUAUUUUAUUGAAUCAGUGUAAUGAAUUUUUUGAAAAAACCAAUCAAGCACAAGUGUCUUUAAGACAAUUACUUCUAGAUCGCAAAAUUGAGCCACAGCCAUUAGAAUCAAAUAUAAAUUAUAGUGAUAAAACAAUUGCAUUUCCAAAAGAAGAAAUUAACGAAGGAAUUGUUGGAUGCCACUUAUCAAAUUAUAUCCAUGAUACAUCUAAUGUCUCACAUAAUUAUUUUAUUGAGGAGAAUAAAAAUGGUAACCAUCAAAAAUAUGAAAAUGAAGAACCUCAAGAUGUUAUAAAACAAAAAAAAUGUAAAAUUCAAUUUAAAAAAUCAACGCUUAAACAAACUAGAAAAAAAUUAAAACGAAAGAGUCAAAAAAUGGAAGACUCAGACAUGUAUAUAAAUGCUAAUUUGAAAAAAGAGCAUAAAAAUAUAGACAUAAAAACUAAUAUUAAAAUUCCAGAUAAUUAUAUGACAGGUACAGAUACAGAUUUAGAAAUCAUAGAAGCACAUACAGUAGAAAUAUUAAAAUUCGGACGUAAACGAGAAGAAAAUUUAAAUAAGUAUCCGUGGCUUUGUACUGAUUGUAAUGAUAAAUUACCUAGUUUAGAAAAAUUAGAAGAACAUCAUGAAACUAUUCACAAUCAACAAGCAAAAUAUAUGUGUGUCUUGUGUUGUAAAGUUUAUGAUAAAUAUUAUGGUUUCCUUACUCAUGUCAAACGACACAAAAACAAGACAAAAUUCAGUUGUGAAGAUUGUGGAAAAUCAUUUGUACAUAAAAAAGUAUUAGAUUCUCAUAAAGCAAUUCAUAGUGAAGAGCGGCCACAUGUAUGUCAAACUUGUGGAAAAGCAUUUAGACAACAAAGUGCUUUGUAUAUUCAUAGUCGAUGUCACUUACCAGAUACUAUGAAAAAUAGAUAUCCAUGUGAUCAGUGUGAUAAAAGAUUUUCAACAAAACCAAAUUUAGUCACACAUAAACGUAUCCAUUCUGGUGUUAGAAAUUUUACAUGUGAUCAGUGUGGCAAGAGUUUUAUUCAAAAAGGAAAUCUAGAAGCUCAUUUUUUAACUCAUUCUGCAGACAAGCCAUAUAAUUGCAGUCAAUGUUCAAAAGCUUUCAAAACACCAUUACAAUUGAAAAAACACGAAACAGUUCAUACAGGAGCAAAACCACAUCAAUGUGCUAUAUGUGGAAGAACUUUUAGAGAAAAAGGUACCUUAAGGGAACACCACAGAAUACAUACUGGUGCAAUGCCAUUUACAUGUGAAUUUUGUGGUAAAUGUUUUCGAUUUAAAGGAAUAUUAACUACUCAUAGAAGACAACAUACUGGUGAACGUCCAUAUAGUUGUUUAGAAUGUCAACAUCAUUUCACCAAUUGGCCAAAUUAUAAUAAGCAUAUGAAACGUAGGCAUGGAAUUAAUACAUCACAUGCAAAGCAUUUGUCACAAUCUCAACAAAUACAAUCACAAUUGCAACAAUCACCAGAGCAACAAUCAGAACAAUCACAAGUAGAUCAUUUAAACGCUUCAGAACAUUCAGUUUCUAUAUCUCAUACGGAAUCAUCAGCUGUUCAUGUAAGGAAUUAUUGUAUUUGAUCUAAUAUUAUAGCUUAUAGUAUAGAAAUAUACGUAUAACAUAUGAAACUUAUUUCAAAGAUAGAUUUAAAAUAUGAAAUGUGCAACAAAUUUCAUUAUGUUUUCAAUGAACUAUUAACUUCAGUAAUUUAUCGAUUAUUAGGAAAAAAAUUUUAAUCAUUUUUCACAAUAACCAUUUUUUUAGCUUCGUUCUUAAGACACAAAUAUUAAAAAUUUUUUUUCUUUAUUUAUUUAAAUAAAUUUCUUUUUGUUAAGAAAUUUAUUUAA